CACUCAUAGCCCACGUUCCCACUCUCAAAUCCCAAUCCUAAAGAUUUGUACUCCUAUUAUAUAUAUAAAAAACAAAACUAACACUCAAACACACACAACACAAACACAAAGACGUGCUCACAAUACACCACACACUUCACUCUUCUUUCUUCUUAAAUACCUCCAAAAAUUAAAAGCCACAUAUGGCUCUCGAGACUCUCAAUUCUCCUACAGCCACCACCACCACCACCGCUCGGCCUUUUAUCCGGUAUCGCGAAGAAAUGGAGCCGGAGAAUCUCGAGCAAUGGGCCAAAAGAAAACGCACAAAACGCCAACGUUUUGAUCACCAUCAGAAUCAAGAAACGGAUACAAAACUUGCUUCGGAAGAAGAGUAUCUCGCUCUUUGUCUCCUCAUGCUCGCUCGUGGCUCCGCCGUACAAUCUCUUCCUCAGUCGUCACGUCCUUCACCGUCCGAUCACCGAGAUUACAAGUGUAGUGUUUGUGGGAAGUCGUUUUCGUCUUAUCAAGCCUUAGGAGGACACAAGACGAGUCACCGGAAACCCACGAAUAACAACACUACAAUCACUUCCGGUAAGCAAGAACUGUCUCAUAACGGUCACAGUAACAGUAACGCCGGUUCCGUCGUUAUCAACGUUACCGUUAAUACUAGUAACGUGGGUGUUGGUCAAAUAAGUGGAAAGAUACAUACUUGUUCAAUCUGUUUCAAGUCGUUCUCAUCUGGUCAAGCCUUAGGUGGACACAAACGGUGUCACUACGACGGUGGCAAUAACGGUAACGGCAGUAGCAGCGACAGUGUAGAAGUCGUCGCUACUGGUAGUGACAUCAGCGAUGUGGAUAACGAGAGAUCAUCGGAAGAAAUCGCGAUCGGUGGCCACCGUGGGUUUGACCUAAAUUUACCGGCUGAUCAAGUCUCAGUGACGAUAUCUUAACGUUGACUCGGUCUGGGAGUAAAAAGUCAACUGUGUACUCAAGCAAGGAAGGGGGGUUAGUGGACGGUGAAGAUUUAUUAACGGUCGUUUCUUUCCGGUUGCUUCGGCUGCUUGACUGAGUCUGUAUCGAAAAUGAUUGGAGUGGACUUGCAUUAUUAUUACAGUAUUUUUUAUUUUUAUGAAAGAAGAAAUGUUUAUUUGUU